AUUAAAUAAUAAAUAAUUUAUUAUAACUAAUUAUAAUAACGGGGGCUUCAUCGCCGUUGUUGGCGUAUUUUCUGAUGCAUUUUGGCCAAAAUGCGUGGGAAAUUGGCGGAGACUUGUACUUCCCAUUGCUUUUGACUCAUCGGAUUGAUGGAGUUGUCGGAGCUACUGAGUGUUCGGUGUGCCUGCAGCCCUACGACGGUGAAUACACAAUUCCACGUGUACUCGCCUGCGGACACACAGCCUGCGAGUCCUCCCUCUCAAACAUCCCACAAAAAUUUCCUCAAGCGAUUCGCUGCCCUGCGUGUACGGUAGUAGUAAAGCUCCCUCCUCAGGGUCUCUCUCUACUCCCCAAAAGCAUCGACCUUCUGCGGCUGAUCACCGCCUCUCCCCUGCAAAAUCUGCCAAAACCGAUCGACAAAUGCUCGAAUGACUUCCAGAUCUCUGUCUCGGCCGUUCCUCCCUCGUCCCCUUCGAUAAUCAAACUAACGGGGGCUUCAUCGCCGUCGGAGUGGGGAGAAAAUGCACGGUUGGAAAUUGAAAUCCAUGGGUUUAGGGAUGAAUUUGAAAUACACAGUUUUUAAGUCUUUUAAAUAUAUUGGUUAAAAUACA